AUGCGAAUGCAAGCUCCGCAUUAUCGUGAGCGUUCUUCAAGGCACCCUACACCAUCCCUUUCACUAGCAGAACAUGAGACCGCCGAGGGAGAGAUGAAAUCCCGAGGGUAUAAAAAGGAGAAUAGACGCUUGGAAAAGCAAGAGGACAGAGACAACACCACCGAAGUAGGACCAGCGAUGGACAGGGAAGGCCACGACCAAUUUCAUUGCUCUGGAGCAUGCGAUAUAGGCUUGUGUGAGUGCUACCAAAAGGCUCCACCUGACGCUUUAGAGAAAGAGGCCAGCACCUCUGAAAACCCUGCCGGAUUUAAUGUUCUCCCGCGCCUCUCCUUCACUGGACGCUCGUCCUUCGUUCCCCUCCUGUCCUCCCCAUCGCUGGACCAAAUCAUGGAACUCAUUGACAUCCGAGCAAUGGUUCCUCUGUACCUCCAGGCUUUCCGCGAGCUCCUACAAAAAGGAAUGCUGAACCGAAAGAGGGGCAUUAUCCUUCUCAAAUACUGGAGAGAAGUGAAAAUCCAAUUUGGGGGAAAUUGUGACCCCACGCACGGGCUAUUUGCAGAGGUCCAAGGAGCGUUUUGGAUCGCCGACAAGGAGCUUGGGAGUCCUUCAUCUAUUCUCGAUGGGGCAGUCUCUGAUGCAGAAAGAAGGCGAUUAUGGAUGAGUCAUGCAAACCGCCUGGGGGGGGAGGGGGCGAAAAGUGACGCAAUUUUUAAACAACUCAACGACGGCUCUCGCGCCAUUCGGAUGGAAUGCCUGGGAGGGAAGGAGCGGCGUUUGGUGGUGAACGACGUAUAUUUGACCUAUUUUCGACGACCGGAGGAGUUCAUGAAGGACGCAUGGGCCCGGCGCUGUCUCAUCGGCUUUUUGCUCGCGGCCACCGUAGUCCCGGACGACCGCCCCUCUUUCUUCCGGGAGCUGGUCCAAGGGGCUCUCGGUAACCCUGGCACUCGCCAGACAGGGCUUUUUAAGGCCCUUGACCGGCACGCCCAGGUCAAUCUCUUCCUGUUCGAAAAUCGAGUGGUCGAGCUCUCACCUGGAGAAUUUGUCUCCUUGAUCAUGUUUGAACCGGCGCCCCCCUCGCGUCACAUUCCCCCCCAACACCCCGUUGCUCGGACACGGCCACUCCAGGAGCCCAUCUGCUCGACACCCUCCCUUCCCAGCCGUGCCUCUCUUUUUCCCUCUCGUACAACGUCGGACCCUCCGUUUGAAGAGCAGGAGAGGGAGAGGCGCCACGCUGGUGGACGUGGUGGGGCAAGCCGUCCGACGGAGCAGGAGGAAGGCUUGGUGGCAGGAACAGGAGCCGCAGGACAAGACGAGGAACGUGCCGAAGAGGAAGGGAAUCAGGCAAAUGAAUCCUUGUAUGCGGCAGUAUCCUUGACAUCCCCUGUCUCUUCUCCCUCUUCGCUGCCGUCCGCUCCUUCCGUCCUUUCCUCUGAGCCCUCUUCUUCCUCUGAUACCGCCCUUCACCCACACUUCUCCCUCCAUGCUGCGGCACCUAUUACCACCAUCCCGCUACCCCUUCCUCAGCCUCCACACCACUUUGCCCAAGAAACCUCAUCAGCACAAAGCCUCUUUGAACCCAAUCUACGCCCUCUUGCUUCUCCCUCUGAGAUUCCGCCCCUGCAAUGGUCACCGAUGCAGCGCGACCGACCGAAGAAGGAAGCAGCAAAAGAUGAAGAACUUGGGUCUAGUUAA